CCACCAUCCGCUCACAGCCACCUCCGCCCAGGCUCCAGCCUGCUCCAGCGCUCCCUACCCAGGCUACCCCUCCCCGUACCCCGCAGUUCACCUGCUAGGCGCAGUCACUAUUGACUAUCCCCUCACAUCCGGCUCUGAACCACAACCAACCAUGUCGACCACACAUGCCGACCUAUCCAUGUCGUCACUAUCACUGAACGCCGGCGAGACGGAGGACUGGGACCGCUCGCUGAACCUGUCCGACGGCGCACGCACGCCGCGGAACUCGGUUGCAUUCCCUGCGGGGGCAAAUGUAGGGGCGGGGACAGAGGAGGCCAGGGACACACCGGGGCGGGACAAGCGGACGCUGAGCGAGCUGCUGAAGCUGCAUUCAGAGAAGGGCAAGGACGUGACGUUCAGCCCGGAGGAGGCGAGUAGGAUUGCGGAGGUGCUGGGGCAAUGGAUAAAUUCUGGGCCCUCGCCUUACGAAGGAGAAGAUGAUUUUUUCACACGCGCACAAGACGACUCAAUAUUAUCACGACGGUCACCAGCAGCAUUCGAUGCUGGCCGACCACGAGGGCAGAGCGAGAGCGUCGUCAACGGCUCUUCAUCAUAACGCCCGGCCUCACACGGUCUUUGUAUCUUCGCCUUCUGGAUCUUUGCGGUUGCCGUCUUGCUUUCUCACUUGGAUAGAGAACCAUGCCUUGCUGGCCUCCUGUUUUUUAUAUUGCUUUAACGACCGUCACGACCUCUCACGACCUGUUACGACCUGUCACGAUCCUCUCUCGAUGUUGUAUCUAUCUAUCUCACUUUGCAUCUCUAGUUUCGACUCUGCUCUCAUACAUACUCAUCCCUGUCUAAUUGCAUUGUUGUGUAUAGCUUGUUCAAUUGAAUUUACGAAACCCGCCGAAA